CAAACAAAUCCGCGUGAUUUUUGGUGUUUUUGGCCGCGAUGUCUGGGCAGGAUUUGCUCUCUGACCAGGGCUUGAGGCUCGACGGGCGACGUGCUGGGGAGCUGCGGCGGAUUCAGUGCAAGCUGGGCGUGUUCAGUCAACCGGACGGCAGUGCAUAUCUGGAGCAGGGAAACACCAAAGUCCUCGCCGCCGUUUACGGGCCUCACCAGGCUUCCUCCAAGAGGAUGAACGUGGAGGAGGCGGUGAUCAACUGCGAGUACAGCAUGGCCACGUUCUCCACGGGUGAGCGGAAGCGGCGCACGCACAGCGACAGGAAGUCCAAGGAGAUGACAAUGCACAUCCAGCAGGCGUUGAGCGCUGCCAUCAAACUCGAGCUCUAUCCGCGCUCGCAGAUCGACGUGUUCGUGGAGGUGCUGCAGGCGGACGGCGGCAACUACUGUGCGGCCAUCAACGCCGCCACUCUGGCCCUCAUCGACGCCGGCGUCUGCCUGCGGGAGUUCGUGUGCGCGUGCACGGCGUCGCUGGCCAACGGGAAGGUGCCGAUGAUGGACGUGUCGCACAUCGAGGAGGUCAGCGGCGGAGCCACGCUCACUGUCGCCUCCCUGCCGUCGUCCGGGAAGAUCGCCUUCCUGGAGAUGUCCCAGAGAUUCCACCUCGACGAUCUGCCCAGAGUGCUGGAGCACGCGCUCGCGGGAUGCCGCGAGGUGAAGCGCGUGCUGGAUCAGGCUGUCCGGGAGCACGUGCUGCGCGUGGGCUCAGCAGGCGACUGGGGCGCUAUCACCAAGUAGAGAAUAAAGUAUUUUUCC